UUGUUUCGUUUUGUCAUUUUAUUUUUCGUUUCGUUUCGUUUUAUUUUGUCAACUUUUCGUUUCGUUUCGUUCUCAUUUUAGCACAACCAUCAUGAAGUCUGAAUAUGGAACAAGACAAUAGACACAGAGAAGGUUUAAAAGAACACUCAGAAGACAUAAGAUUACCAAACUCCACAUCAAGAAAGGAGAUUUUUCCCUCUUUUGAUGUGGAGUUUGGCAGGAUUUGUCGAAUAGACAAUGAUUCGUCAGAGUCAAUGUUCAACAGUGGCAGUUCUAACAGUGGAACAUACAACUCAGAGUUAUCUGGUAACAAUACUGAUUCCCAAAGCAGCAGUCAGAGCUUGGAUUUGCCAACACUUGAAGAAUUUUCCAAUAAUGCAAGGAUACAAAAAGAUUUUGUGGUGCUUUCAAAGCUUGGAGAAGGAGGAUUUGGAGCAGUCUUUAAAGGCUUACAUAAGGUUGAUAACAACUUAUAUGCUCUCAAAGUAAUCCCUCAUCAAAGUAAAGAUCAAGAAUUGAUAUCAAAAGAAGCUAAAGUAUUUUGCCAAUUCAACCAUCCAAAUAUAGUACGUUAUCACAACAGCUGGAUAUUAACAGAGGAAGAUUCUGCUGAAGAUGAAGAUGAUGACAAGUCACAAGAACAGCAAGAUGAUGAUACAUUUUGUAUUCAGUUUGAAGAGCAAGAUGAAGAAAGUCAUUCAACAGAUGGAAAUCAGCUCUUAUUCAUCCAAAUGGAAUUUUGCAAUAUAACCUUAAGACAAAGAAUUGACAAUGCAGAUUUGUCAAAAGACGUAAAAAGCAGAUUUUUGAAUGAAAUAUUAGAAGGAAUUGGAUAUAUUCACAACGAAGGAGUAAUGCAUAGAGAUUUAAAUCCCAAAAACAUUUUCCUAAAGAAUGGAACUAUCAAAAUUGGUGAUUUUGGGAGUGCAAGAAAUGCAGUUCAGUACGAAGAUGGAUUGUGUAGAAAUAUGAAUGGCUGUAAAAUAAUGGAGGAUGUUAUGACAGAAUACAUAGGCACAUUACCAUACUGUGCACCAGAGUUAACCAGUCGCAGAUAUGACAAGAGAGUGGAUCUUUACAGCUUAGGCUUCAUAUUGUAUGAGCUUAUAUAUCCAUUUCCACAAAACACAACAGAGCAACAGAAAGAACCUGUUAUAAAGGGUUUGCGACUUAAACAAAUUGAGAUUCCAGAAGUGGUCCAAGGUAGCACAAGGCAUAUCAUCUUAAAAUUGCUUGAUCAUGAUCCUGAUGAAAGGAUGACCUUACUUGAUAUUAAACAAUAUCUAGAAAAGGAUAUAUCAAACCAACUUGACUGUAUGAGGAAAAAUGGUACACAGGUGUAUGAAGCAGAAGCUGGAGAGACAGACAGUGAAAUAUAUUGUUACAUUAAAGAAAGAGAGAAAUCAAAGGCAGAAAGUGUGCAGGAUAUUGAUAUGAAUUCAUCUGCAAUUCCAAGAAGAAAAGAAUUAGUACAGGAGUCCAAUAAACAGACGGAUUAUUCAGAUUGCUUGAAUGAACAGAACAACCUACAUGAUCUACAAAGGAAAUUGACAAAACUGCAACAAAACAACUUUGUCAGUACAUAUAGUUUACUUUCUGAAGAGGAAAAAGAAGAGAUGGUUCAAAAUAUCAAACAGCAAAAUACUAAUUUAGAACAACAGAAGAAAGUUAUGAAUACUCUUAGCAGACGAAGUGAUUCAAAUACACAAGUCACUUCUUCCAUUUCAAGCAAAAAGGUCAUUCACAAAAACCCUACAGAACAUGCAACCAUUCCACCAGAUGAAUAGUUAACAGACUCGUAUCAACACAAAUAUUGCUAGCCUUUUGUCUUCAAAAUCUUAUGUGUUGUAGUAAAAAUUCUUCUUUCAUUUAAAAUGCAAAUUGGUAGAGUUAUAUUGUGCUGCAAAAAUAGGACUUUUAACUGUUGCCCGAAAUCUGUGUUUAUAUUUAGCAAGGUAGUUGAACUUGUCUUCAACAAAUAUGGAUUUUAAAUUCACUCUAUAUUUUUAUAGAACUUCUAUGAAUAAUAGAAAAUUUAGUGUAAAAUGUCAUGUAGUGUUUUAAAAUUUUAGGAAGAUAAGAAAAGAUACAUUUUUCCUAUCUCCAUAUUUGUCUGAAAGAAGUUGCCGUUUUAAAGGGAAAACAACUGGCAAAAAUUUAGUAUCUCUCAACAUUCUAUAUAUUUACCAAAAAAAUCUUUCGAUAAUAAAUAUGCAUAUAUACAAACUGUAAAAAUAAGUGAAAGAAAAAAAAAAGAAAAGAAAAACAAGCACUGUUAAAAAUUCAACCAAAAAAAAAAAAAAAGACCCAGUCUAAUGUAUAUAAACACUAUGUAAAACAAACAGAAUACAUAUAAAGAUUAAAAACAUACAAACCCAAGCACUAGACUUCCAAAAAAUAAAAAAGAAAAACCCACAUUCCACAUGCACACCCAUAUUUAAAUUACUUGCAUAGACCAACUGAAAAUAAUAUUAAUGAAAAAAAUCUGAACAAACACAGGACUGGUUAUAUGAUCUAGUCUUGUUAGAUUUUAGCAAUAAAAACUAAAAAUGCAAUAUUUACAAUUCAAUUAUAAAAUUUAUUUAUUUAGUUCUUUGUCAAUGUUAUUCUUGCUAAUAAAAAGAUUGGAAAUAUAUUAUUUUACAUCUUAAAUGUGGAAUGUUUAAAAAAAUUGAAAAAUAUAACUAAAACACUAAAAAAUAGCAAAACAAAUGAGGAAUUAUGAUGUCAUAUGUGUAAAUAAAAUGUGAGACUUGUGUAAGCUUUUAAUCAAAUUUCAUAUUACGAUUAAUGUGAUCAAUCAUGUAGUAUGUUUAUGUAAAAAUGUAGAAAAAAGCUAUAUGUUAAAAACAAUCAUGUGUACUCACAGUAUUGUUAAGAUGUUGAAUAGAACUGUCAGAAGUAUAUAAACUAAUUAUGUUGUUCAUGUAAAAAAGGAAAAUAUUAUGUAAAAUGUUUACGAGACCAUACUUGUAAUAUUGUACAACUUUCUUCAUUGUAUAUAAGGGAAAUUACAAAUGACAUUAUAUUCUUGUUUGAGAUAGUGUGAUUCCAGGAACUAUCUUGGUGUGAUGAAAUUGUUCUGAAAUGGUUUCAAUAGGUUGAACAUAUGAAUGUAAACAUGAUAAGUGAGCUUGAAUAAAUGAUUCCUCAAA